AUGUCUCGAUCGAAUCAAUUUCCAAAGAAUUUUCAAACAAUUGUUGAUGAAAUUAAAAUUGAUAAUCAAUUUAAAUUAAUUGAAUUAACAAAUUCUAACAAGGAAAUUCAUAUUCUCGAUGUUCAAAUUACCUUUUGCAAUUUAUUUGUCUUAUUCGGAGCUGUGAAAAAUCAAUCCAAUGAUGAAACUCUUAUUGUUCAAAAUUUAAAAACAAGAGAAGAGGAAAUUGUUGAAUGGAAAGUAAUUGAAAACCCAAUGGAAAUUAAGAAAAUACUUCGAAUGCAAACUCAUAUGAAUUAUGGAUUAUUGUUAUUGAUUGAAAAGAGGAAUGGAAGAUUUGCAAUUUAUUAUAUUGAUGAAGAAUUGAUGAAAUUUGUGGAAUUGUGUGAAAUAGAAUUGGAGAAUGUGAAGGAUUUUGCAAUUUCUACAUUUCAGGUGAAUGGUUUGAUUGGAUUAUUGGUCAAUCAGAAGAAUGAACUGUUUAAAUUCUCAAUUCUAGAUCAAAAUGUUCAAAAUAUUGAAAAACUGACCAUUGAAACAUCUGCUACCAUUUGUUCACUCAAUUCUGGUGCCUAUCACUUUACCAUUCUCGAUCAAGAUGGUUCAGUAUUUUGUUUUGGAAAUAAUUCUUAUAUGCAAUGUGGAAUUUCGCAUGAAACCUAUGAUGACAAGAUUGACUUUCCCAGAUUUAUUGAGGAGAGACCUCUUCCUUUGGAAAUUCUUAGAGGAGACGUUCAAAUAAGAAAGACAUGCUGCGGAGCAUCCCACACCUUGCUAUUGAGCCAAGAUAAUUGUCUCUAUGUUAUGGGAAGUAACAAUGAAAAUCAAUGUGGUUUCAUUGGUGAGGAAAAGUUUCUUCCUGGGCCAGUUCUAUUGGAAAGUAAUGAAGAAGAAGCUUUAGAAGAGAGAAUUUUGGAUGCUUGUUGUGGUCCCAACUAUUCUGUCAUUCUAGUAGAAGGAAUGAAAGAUGAAACUUUCAAUCAUAUUCUCGUUUCAGGAAAACGUUUAGGAUUCAACAAACUUGACAAAUUCAAGAAAUUGAAAACAACAAAUGCAACGAGAAUUUACUGUAGCUCAAUGGGCUCUUUCAUUGUAACAUGUUAA